AAUAUCACCUAUACUGAACCGUGUGGUCCCCACCACCUCCACUACCAAUAUAAGCACUCAAUUGUCCAUCUCCCUCCCAUUUAUGUCCUUUCCUACCUCUGUGAAUUUCCUCUAUUCCUACAACUUUGUUGUGAGAAUUUUAGUGCGAUUUUUCUGCUUCUUUCCUUGCCAUUUGUCACUUUUCUCUGCCUGUGCAAGCUUGUGUUGAUCCUGUAUUUUGUUUUUCUGUUAUUGUUUGCAGUACCCGAUUUACAGCAACUGUGUUUUCUGAUGGCAUUGACUUUGAGCACCCAAAGAACCUCUGCAUCUUUUUAUUCAAAUGAAUCAGCUCCUCGAUGGAAGUAUGAUGUGUUUUUGAGUUUCAGGGGUGUAGACACCCGCAAGGGUUUUGUAUCCCAUCUAUACCAUGAAUUGUGCAAGUGCCAAGGAAUUACAACUUUCUUUGACGAUCGAGAGCUUGAAGAAGGAAAAAGUAUUCCUCUUGAGCUCCCAAGUGCGAUCAAAGAAUCGCAUAUAGCAAUCGUUGUUCUCUCGCCAAACUAUGCUUCUUCCAAAUGGUGCUUAGACGAACUCACAACCAUUCUUCAAUGCAUGGAAGGCAGGGACUCAGUUCUGCCGGUCUUUUAUGAUAUGGAUCCAUCUGACGUUGGAAAUCAACGGGGAUGUUUUGCCAAAGCCUUCGCGGAUCAUGAAGAAAAGUUCAUCACUACCGAAGACAAAAAGAAGGUGACCCAGUGGAGAGCUGAUUUGAAAAAAAUAUCCAAAUUUUCUGGGUGGCAUUUGAAGAAUUUUAAAUCUGAAAGAGAGCUUAUCGAAAAAAUCGUCAAUCGUGUCUGGCGGAAAGUGCAAGCUACAUUCAUACCAUCAGAUUCUUCACGGAAGUUUGUCGGAACUGAUUAUGCAUUCGAGCAACUAAGUUUGCUAUUAGCUCAUGAUGCCAAUGAUGUUCGCUUUAUCGGGAUAACGGGGAUGGGUGGCAUAGGCAAGACAACCGUUGCUAAGCUAGUUUAUGGUAAAAUCUGCCAUCAUUUUGAAGUUCAUUGUUUUCUUGUCAAUGUUAGAGAGGUUUAUGCAAAAAAUGGUAUGGUUGAUCUUGCAAAAAAACUUCUUUUAGCGUUCUUGAAGGAAGGGAUCGCAGGAAAUUGGGAUGAAGAGCACGUAAGCAUUCUCACUGAGAAGUUCUUACACAAUAAAAAGGUUCUUCUCGUACUUGAUGAUGUGGAUGAAUUAAAGCAGCUCCAAGUAUUGGCUGGAAAUCAAGGUUGGUUUGGUAUGGGGAGUAGAAUUAUCGUUACAACUAGGAAUCAGCGUUUGCUAGUCCAACAUGAUAUUGCAACAUCGUAUAAGGUGCAGGGGUUGAAUGAUGCCGAAGCACUUAAGCUCUUUAGCCUGCAUGCCUUUAAAAAAGACCAACCCGAGGAAGGUUUUUUGGAACUGUCUAAGUAUUUCAUUAAUCAUGCUGGAGGCCUUCCAUUAGCUCUUGAAACUUUGGGAUCGGCUUUGUUUAAGAGAGGGCUAGAUGCUUGGCAUAGUGUUCGGGAUAAUCUGUCAAAAAUUCCUAAUCCAACUAUUUUUGAUAAACUUAAAAUAAGUUAUGAUGGACUAGAAGAGUGGGAGAAGAGCAUUUUUCUCGAUGUUGCAUGUUUCUACAAAGGGUAUUACACGGAGCGUGUAAUUGAAAGUCUAGAUAGUUCUAAUUCUUUUGGAAUCUCUAGCCGUAUUGUGAUAGAUGUUCUAAUUGAGAGAUCGAUCCUCUAUCAAGAUCAUGAAAAAUGCAUACAGAUGCAUGAUUUGAUACAAGAAAUGGCAUGGACAAUUAUUGGCCACAAGUCUAAAGAGCCUGGCUUACGUAGUAGGUUGUGGCUUUACGAUGACAUUUCUCAUGUAUUCACGACCAAUACGGGUUCGAGUGCAAUUGAAGUCAUAUCAGUACACUUGCCUAGAAGAGAAUGGGGACUCCAGUGGAAUUGGGAAGCCUUCUCUAAGAUGGAUAGACUGAGGAUUUUGAUAAUCGAUAAUUUGAGUUCGACCUUUUCUUCAGCUCCUAAAUUUCUUCCGUGGUCAUUGAGAAUUAUAAUCUGGUUUCAAUAUCCUUCUAAUUUUCUUCGAACCAACAUGCGCCUCCUUACUGAACUUCACAUGCAUGGAAGCAGUCUUGUUCGGUUAUGGGAGGGAAAAGAGGACUUGCCCAACUUGAGAUGGAUUGAUCUUAGCAACUCAAGUAAAUUGAAGAGUACCCCGGAUUUUAGUGGUGUUCCAAAUCUUGUGAAGUUGAAUCUUCGAGGUUGUUUCAAUUUAGUUGAGAUACACCCGUCUAUUGCACAUCUUAAAAAACUUGAAUUUUUGAAUUUUACUUGCUGCUCAAAACUUGAGAGCCUCCCAAGUGAGCUUAAAAUGGAUUCUCUUGAAUUUUUAAGUCUUAGCAACUCAGAUGUGAAAAAGAUUCCAGAAUUUGGGGAGCAGAUGAAGAAUGUGUCCUCGAUUGACUUAACUGCGACUCCGAUAGAGAAAAUAACUUCAUCAAUUGGACAUUUGGUUGGCCUUCAAGAGUUGUGUCUAGUUGGUUGCUCAUAUCUCUUGAACCUUCCAAGGUCUAUUUGUAAUUUAAAGUAUCUUAGAAGACUCCAAAUGCAAGGAUGCUCAAAAAUUGGCAAACUCCCAGGAGACAUGGAUCACUUAUGUAACGGAUCGGAUGCUAAAGCAAGGGAGGGGUGGGGCCUUCUCCGCUUACUAGGACUUGGAAAGAGUCGUCCUGAUCCUCCUUGUUUGAAUUUGGUGUUGUCUUCUCUAAAUAGUUUAUGCUCUUUGACAGAGUUAACAGAGUUAUCUCUAAAAGAUUGUAAACUCUGUGAAGGAGAUAUCCCCGAUGAUAUUGGCUGCUUGUCCUUUCUGGAAAGAUUGGAUCUUAGUGGAAAUAAUUUCGUCAGUCUACCUGAAAGCAUUAGACGCCUUUCUAAGCUUUCGUAUCUUGAUCUGGAGAGGUGCAAAAGCCUUCAAAAAUUGCCACCUCUUCCAUCUAAUAGCAAAUUACAUGUAGAUGUAGACAAUUGUACUUCCUUGCGAAGUUUGUCAGAUCCAUCCAAGUUGAACAGCAGAUUCGCCAAUUUGUAUGAUUUUAAUAUCACUUGCCUGAAUUGCAUAGCAUUGGUUCCAGAUGAAGGCUGGAUUAAUACAAUACUCUCAAGGGUUCUAAAAUUUGCCACUGAUCAACAAGGAAUCUCAUAUUUUAUGAGAGGUAUGCUAUGCCCUGGAAGUGAAAUUCCAGAGUGGUUCAGUAUUCAGAGUGUGGGACAUUCAGUAAAUGUGGAGCUUCCUCCACCAUCAUGUACCAACUGGUUGGGGAUUGCUUUUUGCGUUCUUUUUCAAGAUCUUAACCAAUACUCGGCCAUUCUAGCUGCUCUUCAUCCCAAUGAUUAUUUCGAAAUUCGGUGUUUAUCUUUUAUGGAUAGCCCUGGGAUUUGUACAAAAAAAAUAAGGUCUCUUGAGUCAGAACACCUUUGGGUAUUCUAUUUGCCUCGUCGAGAUUGUUGUGAACAUGUGUUUUAUUUGCGUCGUCGAGAUUGUUGUGAACAUGUGUUUUUAUUCGAAACUUACUUUAAUGGUGGUGUUAGAAGGGAAGUAGCACAAGCAGACUUAAUGGGAGAAGCAAAAGUAUACUUGAAUUAUGUGAAGAAGUGUGGGGCUCGUUUGCUGUACAAGCAAGAUUUGGAAAAACUCAACCAAGUACAAGCAAGAUUUGGAAGAACUCAACCAAUGACAAAAUCCUGAAACAAAUACAUGAAUAUCGUGACAAGACAGCUCUAAGUGACCUGGAAGUGCUAGUUUCAACGGCAGAAAACAAAUCUACAAAAGGCAUUGUUAAGUCACCAUCUUAUAAUAAAUGCAGUUCACUGUAAAACCAGUCCCCAUCAUAAGCUUGGGAAGAAUAGGAGGAGCCGGACUUAAAGUACGAGUACCAUCCUAGAGCCGUUCAGUUGGCCUCUAUGUUUCUUCCUUGUACAAGAAUGAACCACAGGUUUCUGAUCACCAAUGUGAUUUAUCUUGCCUGCUGUCAUUGCUAAUCUUGAGGUUUAUUUUCUGAAAACACCUUUAAUGUUGAAUUUCAAAGAAUUUCAAAUUUUUAUAGAAAGGAAGAAUUGACUUGUUUCA